AGGGGGGGUAAGCAAUCCGUGUUGCAUAUCAACACCCCAAAUUAAUAGCACCAUCUCUUGAUCUCUUCAACGGUUCAACCCAUCCUAAUCUCGUGCUUCCUUCUCGCUCUCUCUCUCUCUCUCAAGCUCAACCAUCAAGAACUCCUCACUUUUUUUUUUCUUUUUUCUCUCUUAGUCUCUUAAAUAUCCUACAAAUAACCAAGGAGCCAAAAAAAGCCAUGGCUGCCUGUGGAAGCCUCCAACACAUCUUUGAGAAGCCAUUGCCUGAAAAUCCAACACUACUUGAAUCCCUCUCAUGGAACCAGAUUCCCAAUAUUGAGGAGUCACCAUCCUUCACCGAGAUCUUUGGUGAACUUCAUUUCAAAGAGAAUCCUGAACCAUCCAGCUUCCCAAGCCCUCCCACAUCAUCAUCAUCAUCAUCUAUCGAAAAGCUUGAUACCAUUGAUGAGAAAGAAGAGAACAAGAGGAACGCAUCAUGGGAUUCCAAUUCAGACACCACGACCCCAAGAAACAGGUAUACUAGUAGCCACAAAAGCAGUGACAGCUUUUCAUCAAUGAACGUUGAUAGCCUGCAGUUGUGCACUGAAGGUCUUGGCUUUGAAAGCUCCGAUGAUGUCGAAGAGUUUAGGAAUGAGAAAAAUCAAGAGUGUCAAGUUGAGCAAGAAGAGAAAGUUGUUGGAGGCUUGAUGACAAAGCAGCAUCACUUGGCAUGCAAUGAAAAUCAUGGUGGUGAAUUUAGGAGGUCAAAGACAAGUAGUUGUGGAGCAUUCCCACCACCUAUUUCUUGUAUAGGCAAGAGUGGGAAGCCUUGGGUUUUCUUUAAGUCCUAUAGAGAAGAUGGUAGGUUCGUUCUCAAGGAAAUGAGGAUUCCCACCCAGGAGUUUCUGCAUGCAUUUAGAGAAGACGGUCGCCUCAAGUUGAACUUUGUUCAGCCAAAUGAUGAGAUUCUAGAAGAAGAAGAAGAGGAAGAGGAAGAGGAAGAUGAAGAAAAUGACAAUGAUGAUGAUGAAAAAGAUGGGAAGGAAAACGAGGAUGUGUAAGCAAUGGAGGAAAAGAAGGAGAUAAGGCAGGCUGAGCUUGAAGUCAGCACAAGCAUAUAUGAAGUCUCAGGCAAUUUCGUAAUUGCAGGUUGGAGUUUGCUGGUUUCAACUCUUAAUUAGUCUUGUAGAUGCCAGUUAGAAUUUUUAAUUUUGCUAAUAAUUAGAGGAAAGAAAAACAUGAACCCAGCUUUGCAUUUA